UUGAGUGACGCUUACACACUUGCUGACCUCUUUGCCGACUGCGUUGAAUCCAUCAACUUAAUCUAUGGAAACCAUGAAGAGUCGCAUAGUGAAGAGAUCCUCACAUCACAGCUCGGUAUCGAACAAGCGCGCCUGUUGAUCUGGGGCGAUGCGGUCGGGAUCUCCUCUCCGCCAGCUUCUACUGGAAUCACCUCUGCCAUUCCCAAGCACCCUGGCGCGUUGAAUCCAGAACCUGAUAAGGCCUUGUACUUUGGAACUCGAGAUGCCCGCCUGGACGACCCUCGCUUCAGGCAGCGUGUCGAAGACUCACUGCACGCGAUUGCAAGCCCAAUGACGCAUCUGACCAAAGCUAAGAUGUUCCAAACGUACGGAUUGGAUCUCUUCAAAGGCUCGCCAAAAGUACGUGAGAACCACAUGCUGGCUCCCAAUCCUUUCAGGUUGCAAGCGUUCCGUGAAAAGUUCGAACUCUUGGACGAGGUUAUGACCUCUUACCCGCACGCAAAGGCCCACAAACACUUUGGCGUGAACAAGAAGAUGGCCUGGCAGAUCAUGGAUGUGGCUAAGGCCAGCGAGCUGUGCACUUUGAUUCGCGAAAAAGUGGAUUAUCUGGUCCAACUCAUGGACGCCCAAACCAGGGUCGACAAAGCAAUGCGAUACGAUGUGCGUGCCAUGGGCUGGCAUCCCAGUGAAGAUAUGAAUGCAACAAUCCGCGACACGCUGAAGCUAUCGCUCUUGGUUGAAGCUUCGGAAGUAUUGUACCCUGAAUACAGCACUGCGGCACAGGAAGCUCUGGACAAUGUCACCGAUCAAUGGAAAGGCAGUCAU